AUGAGCUUCGAGGGCUAUCAGUCAUGGUCUCUCCCUUCAGGUCUUGUUCCUGAUGAAGCAUCACCUGAAUGGCUUAGCAAAGGAGACAAUGCAUGGGAACUGACAGCAACGUCCUUUGUUGGCCUGCAAAGCGUUCCAGGGCUAGUGAUGCUGUAUGGGAGCAUGGUGAAGAAGAAAUGGGCUGUCAACUCAGCUUUCAUGGCCCUCUACGCCUUUGCCGCUGCUCUACUUUGCUGGGUUUUAUGGGCACAUCAGAUGUCUUUCGGAUACUAUAAAAACAGCCCAUUGGUUGGAAAGCCCGUUAAUUCACUGUCCAACGUAUUUCUUCUGGGACCAACGCAUGUUCAUUCUAUGCUGCCAAAUGCUGAUUAUGUAUUUUACCAGUUCGCUUUUGCUGCCAUCACAGUGAUUUUGCUGGCUGGAUCAUUGCUUGGGAGGAUGAACUUCUACGCUUGGAUGAUAUUUGUUCCUUUGUGGUUAACCUUUUCAUAUAGCGUAGGGGCAUUCACCAUAUGGGGAUAUGGAUUUCUUCAACACAAAAUCAUUGAUUAUGCGGGUGGAUAUGUCAUCCAUCUUUCUUCUGGGGUGGCUGGUUUUACUGCCGCAUAUUGGGUGGGACCUAGACAUUCGCAUGACAGACAGCACUUUCCACCCAACAACAUAAUUCAGAUUUUAGGAGGUGCUGGAUUUCUGUGGUUGGGAUGGACUGGCUUCAAUGGAGGAUCUCCACUUUCAGCAGGGCUGGUCACAUCUUUAGCCGUAAUAAACACACAUAUCUGCACCGCCACCAGCCUCUUGGUCUGGCUUGCUUUAGACAUGGUUGUGUACAAGAAGAGCUCGGUCAUCGGUGCAGUCCAGGGGAUGAUCACGGGACUUGUUUGCAUCACUCCUGGUGCAGGGCUUGUGGAUCCAUGGGCAGCGGCCUUAAUGGGUGUGAUGUCGGGAUCAAUUCCAUGGUACACAAUGAUGAUUUUGCACAGAAAAUCAGCCUUCUUCCAAAGUGUGGACGAUACAUUAGGGGUGUUCCAUACACAUGCAGUGGCUGGUGUUUUAGGAGGACUCCUUUCCGGUCUCUUUGCAAAACCCAAGCUUCUGAACUUGAUGUAUGGAAAUGACGUAUAUGGUCCAGGCUUACUCCACAGCGGGGGACAUAUCCACCCGGGCCUCAAACAAAUGGCUUAUCAGUUUGUAGGUGCCAUAUUCAUCGCUGCAUGGAAUGCUGUUGUUACUAGCAUCAUUUGCCUUGUUAUAAGCCGCAUUGUUAAUUUAAGAAUGGAUGAAGAGGAUCUUGAGGUAGGGGAUGAUGCGGUGCAUGGAGAGGAAGCUUAUGCACUGUGGGGAGAUGGUGAACGGAUGCCAAAACCUCGCCGUCUCUGUAUACCGCUUAUUUGCCGUCGUUUAAUGCCAACCCCUGUUUAAUAAAUUUGAGAUUAAUGCUGCAUGCAGUGCUUUUGGAUUAUUGUGAUUUUCGGAAUAUAUAUUAUAUAUCCCAUGACCAUUGUUACAUGCUUAUAUUAAUCUACUGGUAAACUAUCUGUAAUUUCAAAGCAUUUUGAAAUACUAUUAUCUGCUGCGA